CGAGCCGGGAGCCGUCCCAGCCCUGCCCAUCAUGGGGCCGCCGUGCGGGGCGCGGCAGCGCUGAGCCCGCCGGCCCUCGGACUUUGCCCGGGCCCUCGCCGCGCUGCGCGGGCGGCUCCUCCGAGGGACCCCGUCACCACCGGGUCGGGGCCACCGCGCCGCAGGGGCCUGGAAGAUGCGGCCGCUCUUGCAGGUCCUGGCGGGGCUGCUGCUGGUAGCUGCUGCCCAGGGCAGGGCGCUGGAGCCAGAGCUAUUUGAGAGCCCGUUGCUGGAGUCAGAAGAGGAACAUCUCCUGCUGGACCCAGGCAAUACAUUGCAGCUGUACUGUGAUGCCAACCAGAGUGGUGCCAGCGUGGUCUGGUACAAGGAGUCCCGGCUGCUCGUCCCAGGGGGUCGCAUCCACCUCCGACAGAGCCUGCUGGAGAUCUCGGAGGUCGCCUAUGAGGACUCAGGGCUUUAUGUGUGCCGGGCACGAGGGACCGGGGAGAUCCUGCGCAAUUUCACCAUCUCUGUUGUGGACUCGCUGGCAUCGGGUGAUGAUGAUGAAGACAGUGAUGGGGACAGUCCCCACGGAGACCGCAACGAGGAGCCCGUCUACAGGCACAGAGCACCGUACUGGACUCACCCACACCGGAUGGACAAGAAGCUGUACGCGGUCCCCGCAGGGAACACGGUGAAGUUUCGCUGCCCGGCCUCAGGCAGCCCCAGCCCCAGCAUCCGCUGGUUCAAGAAUGGGCGCGAGUUCCGGGGGGAGCACCGCAUUGGGGGCAUCCGGCUCCGGCACCAGCACUGGAGCCUGGUGAUGGAGAGCGUGGUGCCCUCAGACCGCGGCAACUACACCUGCCUGGUGGAGAACAGGUUUGGCAGCAUCCACUACAGCUACCUCCUGGAUGUGCUGGAGAGGUCCCCGCACAGACCCAUCUUGCAGGCUGGGCUGCCCGCCAACACCACAGCGCUGGUGGGCAGCGACGUGGAGUUCUUCUGCAAGGUCUACAGUGAUGCCCAGCCCCACAUCCAGUGGCUGAAGCACAUCGAGGUGAAUGGCAGCAGCUACGGUCCAGAUGGCGUGCCCUACGUGCAAGUGCUGAAGACUGCAGACAUCAACAGCUCUGAGGUGGAGGUGCUGUACCUGCGUAAUGUCUCUGUGGAGGAUGCUGGCGAGUACACCUGCCUGGCGGGGAACUCCAUCGGCCUCUCCUACCAGUCUGCCUGGCUCACUGUGCUGCCGGAAGAGGAGCUGGUGCGGGAAGCUGAAGCUCCUGAGGCCAAGUACAUGGACAUCAUCAUCUACACCUCGGGCUCGCUGGCCGUUGCCAUGGCCAUCAUCAUUGUAGUGCUGUGCCGGAUGCAGACUCAGUCGAGCAAGCAGCCCCUGGAGCCCAUGGCGGUCCACAAGCUCUCUAAAUUCCCACUCAUCCGACAGUUCUCCCUGGACUCCAGCUCCUCUGGGAAGUCCAGCACGUCUCUGAUGCGUGUCACCCGUCUCUCCUCCAGCUGUGCCCCCAUGCUGGCUGGGGUUAUGGAGCUGGACCUGCCCCUUGAUGCCAAGUGGGAGUUCCCCCGAGACAAGCUGGUGCUGGGCAAGCCCCUGGGGGAAGGCUGCUUUGGCCAGGUGGUGCGGGCGGAGGCUUAUGGCAUCGACAGAGACCGGCCAGACAGAGCCGUCACCGUGGCUGUCAAAAUGCUGAAAGACAAUGCCACCGACAAGGACCUGGCUGACCUUGUAUCCGAGAUGGAGAUGAUGAAGCUCAUGGACAAGCACAAAAACAUCAUCAACCUCCUGGGAGUCUGCACGCAGGAUGGGCCACUGUAUGUGAUCGUGGAGUUUGCUGCGAAGGGCAACCUGCGGGAGUAUCUCCGUGCCCGCCGCCCCCCGACACCCGACUACACUUUCGACAUUGUGGCGAUGCCCGAGGAGCAGCUGUCCUUCAAAGACCUGGUCUCCUGUGUCUACCAGGUGGCCCGUGGCAUGGAGUACCUGGAGUCCAAACGGUGCAUCCACCGUGACCUGGCUGCCCGCAACGUGCUGGUCACAGCAGAGAACGUGAUGAAGAUUGCUGACUUUGGCUUGGCCAGGGACGUCCAUGACAUUGACUACUAUAAGAAAACCAGCAAUGGUCGCCUGCCAGUGAAGUGGAUGGCACCUGAGGCGCUGUUUGACCGUGUCUACACCCACCAGAGCGAUGUGUGGUCCUUCGGGAUCCUGAUGUGGGAGAUCUUCACGCUGGGGGGCUCCCCCUACCCCGGCAUCCCUGUCGAGGAGCUCUUCAAGCUGCUGAAGGAGGGGCACCGCAUGGACCGGCCGUCCAACUGCACCCACGAGCUGUACAUGCUGAUGAGGGAGUGCUGGCACGCUGUGCCCUCGCAGCGCCCAACCUUCAAGCAGCUUGUAGAGGGGCUGGACAAGAUCUUGGUGGCCGUCUCGGAGGAGUACCUGGACCUCUCCAUGCCCUUUGAACAGUAUUCGCCCUCCUGCGAGGACACCGCCAGCUCCUGCUCCUCCGACGACUCCGUCUUCACCCAUGACCCGCUGCCUCCUCACCUCUUCUACCCCAGCGUGAGAACUUAAUGGUGGUCAGGGAAGGGUGAUGCCGUGGCCGCCUCCGCUCCCACGGCGAGCAGGUCUGGGUUCCCGCGGGUUCUCUGCUUUGCCCGGUGCGAGCAGUGGGCGGGCAGGGCCCCGAGCCGCAGUGCCAGGGCAGGAUGUCCCUCUCUCCAGGCUCUGUUUCAGCACUGAGCCUUCAGUCGUGGUGGAAACCUGCCUGGAAUCACAGGGCAGUGGGAGCCAGAGCCUUUCUGGGGUGGGCACAACCUGAGGUGCCCAUGGCAUCGCCCAGAGAGCCGGGCUUUGGCCAGUGCUUCAGUGGAAGCAUCUCUAGGUGGGAGCCCUGCUGCCUGCCAGGCUCCCCGCUGCCUCUGUACAUAGCCAUAGAGAUGAAUAUUUAUGUACAUGAAAUAUCGACCUGAUAAAUUAUUUUUUUUGAAUAGA